AUGCGCUUGUCUUCGAAGGUCAUUUGGACGUUCUUUAUUUCAACUAUUUUUUGUGUUUCCGCCUCAACCGAAAAAUUUGAAUUGGCUGAAAUCACUAAAAGAGCCGACGAUGAGCUCGUGAAAAACAAUCAACAAAAUCAUUACGUAGUAGAUUUGGGCAGUGCCAGCGACGACCAGCCCGUGAAGCGCCAACAGCAGCAGGCCGACCACAAGGCUGGACACCAACGAAAUGCGAACGAGGAGCGUUUUCGUAGGUCGAAAAGAGGCCUUAACGACAUCCAACUGACAAAGUUUAACUUGUCUGACAGUCAUGGAUUGAUCGUUGUUCAUUGGGCAGGAGAGGACAGUGACGUCAUCAUUGCCCUGGCACGUGACGCCAUCAUGCUCAGCUUCAUCUUUUCCAGUAAUUUGUACAUUUCUCGAGAUUACGGUAAAACAUUUGUCAAGCAGAAUUUAACGCUGGGUCCUUCUUGGCCGAAUGUGCCAGCAGCUGUGCAUUGGUAUUACAUCAGCCCCGUCUACACGACGCACUUUGUGUUUGCUGAUGUCAUCCACAAGACCAUCUGGACGACGUCAGACCGAGGUCUGACAUAUUCCAGGUACUCCCUCACUUUCUAUCCGCAUCUCAUCACAUUCCAUCCAACUAACUGGAACACGUUUGUGGCUUACCAAUAUUCAGAGACGGGCUUUGCUGUAAGUUUGAGUACUGUUGUAACUUCAUUCAUGUUUAUACAUCUAUAA